GGUGGUGCGGCGGCGGCGGAUCCAGCCUCGCUCCGGGGUCCCUCUCGGGGCUGACGCCCGCAAAUAUGCAGAAUUACCGGCCGGGUCGCUCCUAAAGCCAGCGCCGGGGAGCGAGCGCGGCAGCGGCCAGCAUCGGGAACGCACCAAGGAAGAGGCCCAGCCCCCGCCCUCCGCCCCUUCCGUCCCCACCCCCUACCCGGCGGCCCAGGAGGCUCCCGGCGCGGCGGGCGCGGCGAGCGCGCACUGCCUGCUCCUCCUCCUCGCUGGCGCUGCCUGCCUCUCCGCGCUCGCUGCUCGCGCCGGGCGCGCUCCGCCGGCUCCCCGCUCUCCGCGCCACCCUCCUCCGGGCCGCGCUCCCUGAGGGAUGGUACUGAAUUUCGCCGCCACAGGAGCCCGGCUGGAGCGCCCGCCCCGCGGCCUCGCCUCCCCGCCGAGCCGCCAGCGCCUCGGGACGCGAUGAGGACCUGGGCUUGCCUGCUACUCCUCGGCUGCGGAUACCUCGCCCAUGCCCUGGCCGAGGAAGCCGAGAUCCCCCGCGAGGUGAUUGAGAGGCUGGCGCGCAGUCAGAUCUACAGCAUCCGGGACCUCCAGCGACUCCUGGAGAUAGACUCCGUAGGGGCCGAGGAUGCUUUGGAAGCGAGUCUGAGAGCCCACGGGGGCCAUGCCAGCAAGCAUGCACCCGAGAAGAGGCCCAUGCCCAUCCGGAGGAAAAGAAGCAUCGAGGAAGCCAUCCCCGCGGUCUGCAAGACCAGGACGGUCAUUUAUGAGAUACCUCGGAGCCAGGUCGACCCCACAUCUGCCAACUUCCUGAUCUGGCCCCCGUGCGUGGAGGUGAAGCGCUGUGCCGGGUGCUGUAACACCAGCAGCGUCAAGUGUCAGCCUUCCCGCGUCCACCACCGCAGCGUCAAGGUGGCCAAGGUGGAGUACGUCAGGAAGAAGCCAAAGUUGAAAGAAGUGCAGGUGCGCCUGGAGGAGCAUCUGGAAUGCACGUGCACGGCCAGCGGGCUGAACCCGGACCACCGGGAGGAGGAGACGGGAAGGCGUAGGGAGUCAGGUAAAAAACGGAAAAGAAAAAGGUUAAAGCCCACCUAACGCAGCGGACCAGGUAGGAGCUGUCCGCGGACGUGCCGCGGUCCUGCGGGUGGGAGGCGCCCCCGCUGAUCACACGGCGAAUCCCUCCGGCGGCGGCCAGCUGGCGGCUCUGAUUGAUCGGCCCUGAUCGGCCUGCAAGCUUCCGGUGUCUGCUGGGCUGUGGGUCUGCUCGCUCGCGUCCCGGCUUCCGCUCCUGCCGCACACACAGCCUGAUGGGCAGCUCCCUGCUGCCCCGGAGUGCCCGCUCUGGCUUGGGUCUCUUGCGUUGAUGGGGGAGGCCCUGGCGUCACGAUUCUGCAGUGAUCUGGGUUCCUGAACAGCAGUGGGGUAGCUCUGAUGUUUGUUGGCUGGGAUCACCUUGGGCAGGUUACCCGUUCCAUUGACAGAUGAAAGACUGAGGCUUGCAGGGACGAUAGGUGAGGGAACUGAAGACCGUGUGGGUCCUGCCUGAAAAUGUUUUAUAAAUGUGUAGGGCUGUUAGCUACUGUGUUGGAAACUGGCUGCUGGUAACACACGAAAAUCGACAAGGGCUGAGAUGAGGUAGACGUCCAGAAACAGGUGUAGCACCGUCCAGGUAUCCUGAGGGCCCCUCUCCCAUGCGGGACUGCGCUGUCUAUCCUAGGGUGGCUUCACGGCUCAGUAUGGCUGCUGAAGCUCCAGAAGUCACACCUACACUCCAGGCUGGAAGAGUAAGGUUGGGAGGGGGGCAAAAGAACCCUGUUAGAGAAGUCCCACCCAGUGACUUCUGCUCUGAUACCCUGGGCAUCCUUCCGCUGCAUGAGGACCUGGGCAGCGUAGUCUCGUAGAGAGACAUACUGCUUCCCGGAGGAAAACAGAAAACGGGAUUUGGGCAGCCACAGUCAUCACGGACGCAGUUUCCAGCCUUCCUGCUCCUUGUCGACCUGUCUGCUCUGGAGAGCCUGGUCCCUGUCUCUGGCCAUGUGGGCGUCCAUGGCAUCCCGAACAGAUGGUUUGGGAGAAGUUCUUAGAGGUGGUGUCUCAGAGCCCAGGUGCCAGUUGAGUGACUGCAGAAAGCUGCCGGGUCAGCAGCGUUGAGGCCAGUGGGUCUGGUCCAUUUGUAAGAAUCCUCUGGGGAGGAAAGGAUCCACUAGGGUGGGUUCCUGAAGCAGCCUCAAAACAAUUUCUUGCCUGUGAUUUUUGCUUUCCCCAAGGGUGUGGCUCUGGCGGGGGGGGGGCUUGUGCGUCCAGUCUGCACAUCAUUGGUUGAGCUCUGGCCUCCAUGGGCCAGCCGAUGACAGAGAGGCCAAGUGAGAGGCAAGUAGCGUCCCUGCUAGUUUGUGGGUGGUACAGGUGUUGGGGACAGGCAGGGAACAGGUAAUGUGGACGGGGAAGAGCUGCUCUUGGCUCAGAGCUCAGUGUAGGACUGCCUGGUUACCGAGACUCUGCCUGUCUGCGUGGCGGUGUCCAUCCUCAGGGUGGUCUCAUGGCCCAGGAUGGCUGCCAGAGCUCCAAAAAUCACAUCAAGCCCUCUGCUGGGAGGAAGAAAAAAGGAACAUGAGGAAAAACGCAAAAAAAGAAGAACUGUUCUGGGCCUCAGUUUCCCUCAUCUGUACAAUCGGAGAAUGGGGCUUGCUCUAAGGAAUUCUCUGUGAGAUCCCAAGAGCCUAGUCCCAGUUCUGGUCAGGAGGUUACAGAAAGGGUACUGAGGCAUAUUUGAUUGGAAAAAUGCCACAAAGCCCUCCAGUCCUGAGACCGGACCCGGUGGGUGUGAGUGUGCACCCUGACCGGCCAACGUGCUUCCCUGCGGUCACCGUCCACGCGGCGGGGCGCAUGCUCGGUCCUGCGUCAGUGUGCGUCUCUCUCCCCUCUCCCUGCAGAUGUGAGGUGAGGAUAAGCCAGCAGCCUGUUCCGGGACACGGAUGUACAUGGCGUGUUACAUUCCUGAACCUACUAUGUUCGGUGCUCAUUGCCGGCGUGCGGUCUUUGUUCUCCUCCGUGAAAACUGUCUCCAUGCGCACUCUGGAGAACAAAGAGACAGUAUGCAUUUGUUUAAUGUGACAUCAAAGCGAGUAUUGUAGCACUCGGUGAGACAAUAAGAAGCUUCCUUGUCAAAAAAAAAAGAGGGCGAGAGAGAGAGAGAGAGAGAGAGAAAGAGCAAACAGAACCACAAAACAUGACAAACAAAACGGACUCACAAAAAUAUCUACACAGUUGUCGGAGUGGAGGGACCCCCGCGUGGGAUGAAGCCACGUACCUCGGCGGACCGGAUUUCUGUCCAGGGUCACAGGUGCUUCUGCCAGGGGCGUAGAGCUGGCUUUCCGGAGGACUCCGGGCGGGGGCCGAGGGCCCUGCGGGGCACGCGGGAGCCAGGGGUGUCUCAGAACCGCCACGGGACUUAGAAACACAUCUCCUUGCCGUAGUGUUUAAGUCUAUACGGAAACCUUCCCGAGAGCCUUAAGCGGAUUUUUUUUUUUUUACACCAUAAAGUGAUUAUUAAGCUUUCCUUUUUACUCUUUGGCUAGCUUUUUUUUUUUUUUAAUUGUCUCUUGGAUGACAUUUACACCGAUAACACCAGGCUGCUGUUAAGUCAGGACAGUGGGACCGUAAUUCCCCUCGCAGGAUGCGAACGAAUGAGAUGUAUUAAAAUAAACAUGGUAUAUCCACUAUGCAUCACUUCCUAAAUGUUUCUGGCUUUACGUGUUUCUCCCCUGCCCCGUUUUAUCUCGCUUUUUAAUUUAAGCCAUUUCGAGAGAACUAUGCGUGAACCAAUCGAGUCCGUCCCGGGCCUGCCGCUCCCCGUCCUCGCCGCAGCGAGGUGGCCCUGUGCCAGUAUUUGGACAGAAUCUAAAUUCUUUAUUUUUGG